CUUCUUAACCACACAGCCACACCUGCACCAAUUUAUUGAUUUUAUUUAUUUAUUUUUGUUAUUUUCAGGUAACUAUACCUGUGUGGCUUCCACUAGAGUUUACAACGUUUCCUCUACAGUUCCUGUUUGUAUUGUCGGUCAACCUAAAGCACCAACUUUGACCAAACUCUACGCAACUUCAUCGACUUCCAUUAUGUUGGAAUGGCAACCUGCUGAACAAGAACCGUUUACCAAUGUUACUGGUUACAUUAUCAGUUACAAACCUGAAAGCUUAUACAAACCCCAGUUCAAAAAGUACAUGGACAAUAUCCCUAGUUCUGUGACUGCUCAGCUAGUAACUGGGUUGGAGCCUGCCAAGACCUACGUGUUUACUAUCACAGCAAGAAAUCGAGUUGGAGAGGGCAGUCCGAGUGAUAUGAAAAGUGCUUCCACCUGGCAGGCAGCUCCUUCAGAGCCAAUCAGGCUUCAGGUUGUCCAAACAUCACCUGUUAGUAUCUACCUGUCCUGGUGGAGGCCAAAAUAUCUCCAUGGUAACCUAAAGAAGUACCAGCUGUACAGAGAUUCACUUAACUGGACACAAGAUCAAAUUGUUCAAGAACUUGUGAACAUAGAUUCUCCCUUUAUAAGCCAUACGGUCCGCGGCUUACAUCCUUAUACAACGUACAUUUUCAGAGUAAGAGCUGCCAAUGUUGAAAAUGGUACAGAACUUUGGGGGAAUUUCUCUUCACCUAUCACAGUUACAACAGAAAUACAAGCACCGUCGGUCAGUCCCUUAAAUUUCACAGUUCACCAAAUAAUGCAAAGAACGCUCGAGAUAUCAUGGGAGGUAACUCUAAACUCUAUGGGUAAUCAUAGGCAUAGACCACCCCACCUUCCACCCCGGUACAUCACUCUGUCUUUGUGUGGUAUACAGUUAGCAGAACAUAGUUAUCUGAAGUAG